AUGAGACGUGUAUACAUUCCACCAGCUUUAUCACCUAAACCAACGUCUAAUACAACUACUUUACUAAAUUCUUCAAUUACACCUUCGACUAAAACUAGUUUAGCACCACCAAGAUCUUCAAUAUAUCGUCCUGAUUCCUUUCGUGAAUAUAUACAACGACAAACAGUAAUAAAACCUGUUCGAGGACGUGAAUUAUUUAUUCGUUCCGCUCGUCGUAUAAUCGAACAAAUUCGAGAUAAAAAACAACGUUUAACAAAUGAUCAACAAAAAUUUUCGACAUAUGAAGAAGCAAUUAGCAUAUUUAAUGAUUUAACAUUUAUGAAAUGUGUAUUAUUAAAAAAGAAAUUAUCAGAUUCAAAUAAUCGAACAUGGACUAUAGAAUUCGCUGAACAAGGUGGUUUACAUGCAUUACUUACUUAUCUUGAACAAAUUACAACGAAAGGUUUAUCACUUGUUGAUGCUAUUCUUGUUAAUGAAACAUUACAAUGUCUUCGAGCUAUGAUGAAUAUAAGUGAAUUAUUUGAACAUAUUGCAUCAAAUCCACAAUAUGUUGAUUCAAUAACGAAAGUUUUAACUGUUCCAUCGAUUGAAAUUCGUAUGCGUGUAUUUGAAUUAUUAACUGCUCUAUGUGUGUUUUCACAAACUGGUUAUGAAUUAGUUCUUAAAGCAUUAGAAGAUUUUGAGGCAUAUAAUAAUCUAUCAAAUAUGUUUGUGGUUAUUCUUGAACAACUUAAACAUUCUGUUAUUCCAAAACAUAAAUGGUCAGCUAUUGCAUUACUGAAUGGUAUUUUAUCAUCAACUGAAGCAAUGGAAAAACGACUUUCUUAUCGAAAUAUUCUCUAUUCAAAUGGAUUUUUAUCAAUAUUAGAACAAGCUCGAGCUGAUGAAGAUCAGGAUAUAGAUAUUCAAAUUGAUAGUUUUAUUGAAGAACAACAACGUGAUGAAGAAGAAUUUUUAGGACAUUUUGAUCAGAAUGAUAAUCAAGCUGUUUGUCAAGCUAUUACAUUACAGUUAGCAACGGAUGAAAAAGAUUCAGCUGUGUUUCUUACUGCAAUGCAACUCUUAUAUUCUAUGUUAUCAUAUUCAAAUUCAGUUGAACGAGAAAAAGUUCUUCAAGAUCUUCUUCAAUUUAUCUCGCAAGCACAAGAGAAAAAAACAGAAAGAAAAACAAUCGAAAAAGAAGUACAAACAGAUUUCGUACCGCUUGCUGACAUUAAAUCCUCUUCUACCCAUCAAGAAGUUCCUGACAUUCCAAAACCAACUCCAGUUCUUACAAAUGAACAACCAUCACAAAAACUAAAUGAAAUUCCACCGACAUCUAUGUUAAUUAACACAAAAACAAUGACCGAUACUGAACUUCGUCUUAUCCAGUCAUCUGCUCCCGAAGACGUGCCACUAUUAUUGCCCACUAAUUUGAAUCAGACUUUUGCAAUACCUCCACCUCCACCUCUACCCGCAAAUCUACAAGUAACUCCAACGUUUAUACCACCACCACCACCUCUGCCUGCAAACUUACAAGUAACUCCUUCAGCUAUACCACCACCUCCACCUCUUCCUGCAAACUUACAAGUAACUCCUUCAGCUAUACCACCACCUCCACCUCUUCCUGCAAACUUACAAGUAACUCCUUCUGUUAUACCACCACCACCUCCAUUUCCGGGUAAUAUGCAAGUAAAUUCGUCCAAUAUACCACCACCACCACCACUACCAUCAAGCGGAUUUGGAGGAAUACCUCCACCACCACCACUGCCAUCAAGUGGGUUUGGAGGAAUACCUCCGCCACCACCACUGCCAUCCAGUGGGUUUGGAGGAGUGCCUCCACCACCACCACCACCACCACCGCCACUGCCAUCCAGCGGAUUUGGAGGAGUACCACCUCCUCCACCGCCGCCACCAGGUUUGCCAGGAGCACCACCUCCUCCACCACCACCACCAUCAGGUUUUCCAGGAGCACCUGCACCUCCAAUGCUAGCACAAUUUGGUAACAAUACAUCUACUACUGGUUUAUCCGCUUUAGUCGAUAGUAUUCCUAAACCAAAAGGUCAAGUACGUCGAUUACAGUGGAAAAAAUUACCGCAAACUAUUCUUGGUAUGUUUGAUUUCGUUGAUACUUUUCCGUACACAUAUUUUCUUUCAGCUACUAGUCAAUUUUGGAUGGAUGUUAAUAAAAAAGUCGAUGCUCAAAUUAAUUUUACGCAACUUGAAAAUUGUUUUAAGGUCAAUAAAGAGAAUAAUAAUACAACUUUACCGACAAAAGCAAAAGCAACAACUAUUUUACCAUGUAAUCGAUCAAUUGCUAUAAAUGUCUUCUUGAAAAAAUUUCAUUUUAAUGAUGCACAUACAUUUCUUCAAUCCCUUCAAGAUUCAGAAUCAAAUCUUAAUGGUGAAUGUCUUCGUAUGUUACUCAAAGUUUUACCAACUAGUGAUGAAAUUAUUCUUGUUCAUGAUUCUCCACGAGAACAAUGGACAUUACCAGAAGAAUUCAUUCAUGAAGUUGGUUCUCUAUCAUCUUAUGAAUUUCGUACUCGAACACGUAUUCUUAUCAUUGAAUUUGAUGAAACAUUUGAUGAUUUGAAACGAAAAUUUGAAACUGUUAUUAAAAUAAUAACUUUUCUACAAGCUGAUUCAUCUCUCAAACAAUUAGCUCGUUCUCUACUAUCAGUUGGAGAUUUUCUUAACUAUGGUUCCUAUGCUGGUAAUGCAUUUGGUUUUCGAUUAGAUAUUCUUGAUCAACUUCAUGAUAUUCGUUCAACUGAAUAUCGAAAUUUACUUGGUGUUCUUCUUGAGAAUGCACCACAAAAUUUUAAAUUUAUUGAUGGUUUAAAACCAUUGCUUGCUGAUGAUAUACAAUUUAAACUCGUCAAAGCAGAAUAUAUUGAUUGGAAAAAAAAGAUUGAUGAUGGUCUUAAACAAAUAAAUUUCCUUCAAGAUGAACAAAUAAUAAAACAAUACAAAUUAUUUUAUGAACAAUCAAGUUUAAAAUUAAAUAAUACUCUUGAUCCAUUAGUCAAUGAAUGUGAUAAACAAGAAAAAGAAUUAAUGAAACAAUUUGGUGAAACAGAUUUAAAUGAAUUUAAUUAUGAUAGUUGUUGUACAAUAUUUCGACAUUUAAUCGAACAUGUUGAAAAAGAAAAUAAAGAACGAGAGAAAUCUUUAAUAUCGACUAAAGUACUAUUAAAUUCAACCAAAACAUUACCGGUGCAGCAAAAAACUAAUUUAAUUAAUGGAAAUCUAAUGAACAAAACAACAGAUAAUAAUUUUUUGGAUUCACUUAUGACAGAACUUAAACAAAAUAAAUUUGCAACUACACCACGACGACGACGACCACGUCUAGGCCUUUUUGAUGAUGGUGAUGAACGUGAAAUAAAAUAA